AUGCCAAACCUCACCAUCCGCAACCUUACAGUCACGCCCCUCGAGCUGAAGCGGAUUGAGCGCUUCGAGGCCGACGCAGUCGGGUCCAAUGGCUUCGCAAAGGUCACGAGCAGGAUCGUGGGGAUCUUCAACAGCACCGAGAACUACGGCGUCGUCCCCAAGUCCGGGGACCCUGCCAGCACCGACGACUGCGGGAGCGCCUUGAUCGGACCCUUUGAGAGCCGUGAGAGCGAAUUCCGUGCCGCCGAGCCCCAGCGUGAGGUCCUGCGCGUCCACUUCCAGGAGCCCAACACCGGCAACUGUUGGUCCGUCGAUGCGCCGGGCCCGAGCCACCGGACCUUGGUGAUGCGCCGGACCGCUGGCUCCGAUGACGCACCUGCAGAGUUCACGGUAGUGUACCACGUCGUCCAAGGCCACCUGGCAAUCUUCAGCAGCGGCGGGCUCUCCAACUGGAUGGCCCAGAUGCGCGACGAGUGCCCGCUGUCCAUGCUGUCCAUCCCAGGCACGCACAACAGUCCGACCUGCUACAAGGCCCUGCCGAGCGUGCGGUGUCAGGCCGUCGGCGUGCGCGAGCAGCUCGACAACGGCGUCCGCUUUCUCGACGUACGUGUCAGCGUCCAGCCUGACUCGGACGAAUUGGUCCUGGUCCAUGCUGCCUUCCCAGUGUCCCUGACCGGGAACAAAUACCUGCACGACCUGCUGAAGGAGUGCUACGACUUUCUGGAUGCGAACCCUAGAGAGGCCCUAAUAAUGAGUCUGAAGCGCGAGGGCACCGGCAAGGGCAGCGACGCCGAUCUGUCCAAGCAUCUCAUCAGUCGAUACUGCACCGGUGAAUUUGCCAGCCGCUGGUACACUGAUACCAAGAUCCCCCACCUCGGUUCCGCCCGUGGCCGCAUCCUUCUGGUGCGUCGCUAUCACGACGAUGAGGCGGCCCGGAAACGCCACAAUGGCCGCGGGUUCGGAAUUGAUGGUUCCCACUGGCCCGACAACUGUGAAGACGGCACUGUAGGGAGCGGCCUCAUUCGGGUCCAGGAUUUUUACGAAAUAGACCAAAGCACAAACAUCGAGAGGAAGAUAGAAUACGCCCGUGCACAGCUCGAGCGUGCCGCCGAAAAGCGUGCCGACCCGCGUGGUGAACCCAACCCGCUGUUUGUCAACUUUCUAACCGCCAGCAACUUCUUCAAUGCCAAUUGCUGGCCUGAAAAUAUCGCCGCCAAAGUCAACCCCUCCAUCAUUGAGUAUCUGUGCAUGAGGCAUGGUGCCGAUGGAAAGGGGCCCAACGGCUUGAGCGUUGGCGACUCGGCGACGGGAGUUGUUGUCACGGAUUGGGUUGGUAAGGACGGCGACUGGGAUUUGAUCCGCUGUAUAGUUGGCUGGAAUGCAAGACUGCAGCUGCGCUAG